AUGGUACCACCUGGCAGAACCUGUUACAGCGUCAUGAUAGCCAUUCACGUGCUGCAUGCUCACGUGCGGCAUGCUCACGUGCUGCAUGCUCACGUGCGGCAUGCUCACGUGCUGCAUGCUCACGUGCUGCAUGCUCACGUGCUGCAUGCUCACGUGCUGCAUGCUCACGUGCUGCCUGCUCACGUGCUGCAUGCUCACGUGCUGCCUGCUCACGUGCUGCAUGCUCACGUGCUGCAUGCUCACGUGCUGCAUGCUCACGUGCUGCAUGCUCACGUGCUGCAUGCUCACGUGCUGCAUGCUCACGUGCUGCAUGCUCACGUGCUGCCUGCUCACCACUUCUCCAAUGACUCGUACAUCAAGGCCGCUCAAAGCCGCUU